GAAGUGAAAAAUACACAAGAUCUUCGAUAUCGUGUUUGAAAGACAGAGAAAAAAAAUAGACACGAUCACGAUAAUCAAUCUAAAAUCUGGGAGCUGGGGUACCAACUCAAAUUUAGAUGAAGCGUUACAAUUUCUCAGAGAAUAUGACAGCGAAGCUUCAAAUAUAUGUUUUCGAGUUAGCUCAGCUCAGUGGGCUUAUUCUACAAAUAUGACUGAUUUUAAUAAGCGAAGGAUGAUUGAGGAACAAACAUUAAAGGUAGAAUUAGACAUACAAAGUCUCUCCAACGACUCAGAGGGAAGAUUUCGGCAGACGACAAUCAAAAAAUGACAGACGCAAGUCUCAGUGUCAUGGAUCCUCUCGUUGGACAGACUAUACUUGUAAAUAUCCACAUUCAUACCAUUAACAAUAAUUUUCAGUUUCAUCAAAAGGAAAAAUUUGGUAAAAUUACAUGGCGAAAAGCAGUGGAAUUUGAUUGGACCAGACUUCCCGAUCCUAUUGCUCGAAGACAAAUCAAAAUGUUAGUGAUGAAUAGCAAAGCUACACUCUCGGAUGAUAAAUAUAACGAAAUAUAUCAUUUGAUCUCUGAAAUGAAAGACUUAUAUUCUCACGCGAGAAUAUGCCCUUACUCCUCUAAUCCGUACAAAAAUGAGUCAAUAUAUUGCGAUUUAGAUGUAGAAGAUGCCAAAAGAAUCAUUGCGAAGUCUCGAGAUACUCGGGAGUUGUUGCAUGUGUGGAGGGAAUGGCAUGAUAGAACGGGACCUAAUAUGAAAAACAAAUUUAUGCGAUAUGUAGAGCUAGCUAAUCAAGCAGCUAGAUUCAAUGGUUUUCAGGAUGCUAGUGAAGAAAUGCAAUUUGUGUACGAAACCCCCGAUUUCGAGGACAACUUAGCACAAACAAUUCAACAGAUUUUGCCUCUAUACAAAGAACUGUUCGCUUACGUUAGAACAAAGUUGUAUGAUAAAUAUGGCCCUGAAGUUGUUAGAGCCGAAGGUCCCUUACCUGCCCACAUCUUAGGUGAUUUAUGGGCUCAAGAUUUCAGCAACAUACAUGAUUUGGUUACUCCUUUCCCAGAAUUUGGUAAUAUCGAUGCAACGGCAGAGAUGUUAAGGCAGGGAUUCACACCUUUGAGAAUAUUUCAAAUGGCAGAAGAAUUUUAUACAUCUUUAGGAUUAAAACCCAUGCCUCCAGAAUUUUGGAGAUACUCUAUGAUCGAAAAACCAACUGCUAGAAGAGUACAAUGUACCGCAAGCGCUUGGGAUUUUUGCAAUAAAAUAGAUUACAGAAUUAAGCAAUGUACGGAAGUAAACAUGAAAAACCUUAUCGACACACACCAUGAAAUGGCACAUAUCGAGUAUUAUUUAUACUAUUCGGACCAGCCUUUUCUAUAUAGGGAUGGCUCUAAUCCUGGUUUUCAUGAAGCUGUAGCUAAUGCUAUAAUAUUGUCUGUGUUCAAUCCUACCCACUUCUACAGAAUGGGUUUAUCCAACAAUAAAACUGAAGGCUACGAACACAAUAUCAAUUUCUUGAUGCUUAUGGCCUUAAGAAAAGUAGCUUAUGCUCCAUUUGCAUAUAUUGUCGACCAGUGGAGGUAUCAAAUCUUUCGACAAGGAGUUAUGAAGAUGAACUCUGACUGGUGGAGCUUACGUCUAAGAUUCCAAGGAGUGGUACCCCCAAUACCAAGAACAGAAAGUCACUUUGAUGCCGCUGCAAAAAGACACAUACCUGCCGAUAUCUCCUACGUUAAAUAUUACGUAGCUUUGUUACUAGAGUUCCAAAUCCACGAAGCUAUGUGCAGCGCUGCAGGCCAUACGGGGCCUUUACACACCUGCGAUGUCUACCGAUCUAGAGAAGCUGGAAGAGUCUUAAGUGACGUACUCAGAGUUGGCAAAGCGAGUCACUGGCAGAAUGUCAUUAAAAUGCUAACAAGAGGAAAAUCAGAAAAGCUAUCAGCUGAACCUAUGUUGAAUUAUUUCGAACCUCUACUUCUUUGGUUAAGAGAAGCAAAUAAAAAAGAACCAAUUAUAGGCUGGAUGACAAACAAAAAUGAUGUCGCUUUGUAUCAGUCGUUAGUGUAUGCAGCAAAUGCAAACAUAUUGUUACCAAGUACCUUUAGCAUAGUUUCAACUGUGAUUUUUUAUAGUUUAUUGUAAAUAAAUUAGUAUACGCAUAGAAAAACUAUUAUAGUAAAAAAAAA